GAGCUCAACCCAAUCGAGCAGUUUUGGGCAACAAUCAAGAACAAAGUCAGGCGUAGUAAGUUUGGGGACAAGGAGGACCUAGCUACACAAAUUUCUAAAGCUUGUAAUUCUGUUCCUCCCAAUCGUCUCCAUGCGUUUGUACAGCAUUCUGCGAACGUUUUUGAAAAGUGUUUAAAUGAGGAAUAUAUUUAA